UGUUUCAGGUUCGCUGUCCACGACCCAUUCAAACUUCCCCCGACAACGCACCUGAGUCCCGCAGCCACCAGCAUUUCAUUUGGGGAGAAAGAGGAAGAGCGGCUAAAAACGGAGGAGAGAGUUGCUGCUAGUUGGUACCGGGGAGUGUGAUUUAUCGGGAAUGGAAGCACAAACCUGGUAUGUCACAACCUCCUUUCUUACCCGGCAGUGACUUCUCAAAAAGCACUGCGCGGAGGAGGAGGCAUCAGAGCUCCACUCUGUCUUUCUAGGAUUCUGUUUCCCCAGAAGGAAAGAGAAUAUGAGCAUGUUCAAGGAGGCGGUGACGUUCAAGGACGUGGCGGUGGCCUUCACAGAGGAGGAGCUGGGGCUGCUGGACUCUGCCCAGAGGAAGCUGUACCAGGACGUCAUGUUAGAAAACUUCAGGAACCUGGUCUCAGUGGGACAUCAACCCUUUAAACGAGAUAAAUGGCGCACAGAAAGAGAAGAGAGGCUGUGGUUGACGAAGACAGCACCCCAGAUAGAGAGAAAUGUGGGAGGGAACAGCCAAAGUGCGCUGAGGACUGCUCAAGGCAGAGAGCCACGUGAAGAGCUUUCCUGCUGGCAAAUCUGGCAACACAUUACAAAUGACCUAUCCAGACCUCCAGACUCCAUGAUAAAUAGUUCUCAACUUCACAAACAAGGUGAUUCUCCCUGCCAGCUUGGGACAGGACUCUCCAUUCAAAUUUCUGAAGAUGAGAACUGUAUACCACGUUGUAAAGUGGAUGGUCCUAAUAGUACUGAAAACUCACACCUUCCAAAUUUGAGAGCCCAGGACUCGUGGAGGAAAUCUUCUCUGACUGAGUCACAGAGUUAUCGGAACAGAUCCCAGCAAGUUUCCAUGAAAAAUAAGCUGUGUCAAUGUAAACAGGAUGUUGAUGUCAUUGGUUGGAUUUCACAUCAUCUAAAUCAAGGAAUUUACAGAAGUGACCAAUCUUAUAGCAACGAUAAUAGUGAGAAAGACAGUGUGAAGAUUUCAACAUUGGACCAGAAUAGUAUGAUUCACACAGGACCAAAACCUCACCGAUGUAACAAAUGUGGAAAAACUUUUAGUGAUCUCUCUACCUUUGAUCUUCAUCAGCAGUUGCACUCAAAAGCAAAGUCUCAUACCUGCAGUGAGUGUGGAAAAGGCUUCCGUUAUAGCUCAGUUCUUCGUAUUCAUCAGAGAGUUCACGUCGGGGAGAAAGGCUAUAAGCGUGGUGAAUGUGGUAAGGAAUUCAGUGAGAGCUCACUUCUGCAAACCCAUCAGAAAGUCCACGCUGUAGAGAAGCCAUUUAAAUGUGAGGAGUGUGGGAAAGGCUUUGGUCGUAGAUCAGCACUUACUGUUCAUUGUAAAGUCCACACAGGAGAGAAACCUUAUCAUUGUGAGGAGUGUGGAAGGGCCUUCAGUCAGGCCUCUCAUCUCCAGGACCAUCAGAGAGUCCACACUGGCGAGAAACCAUUCAGAUGUGAUGCAUGUGGCAAAAGCUUCAGUCGGAAUUCACAUCUUCAGUCCCAUCAGAGAGUCCAUACGGGAGAGAAACCAUACAAAUGUGAGGAGUGUGGGAAGGGCUUCAUUUGUAGUUCAAAUCUAUACAUUCAUCAGAGGGUCCACACAGGAGAAAAACCCUACAAAUGCGAGGAAUGUGGUAAAGGCUUUAGUCGCCCUUCAAGUCUUCAGGCCCAUCAGGGUGUUCACACUGGAGAGAAAUCCUACAUAUGUAAUGUGUGUGGUAAAGGCUUUACUCUGAGUUCAAAUCUUCAAGCCCAUCAGAGAGUCCACACAGGAGAGAAACCAUACAAAUGUGAUGAGUGUGGGAAGAGUUUCAGGAGGAACUCCCAUUAUCAAGUUCAUCUGGUAGUCCACACAGGGGAGAAACCCUAUAAAUGCGAGGUAUGCGGAAAGGGCUUCAGUCAGAGUUCCUAUCUUCAAAUCCAUCUGAAGGCGCACAGCGUAGAGAAACCUUACAAGUGUGAGGAGUGCGGGCAGGGCUUCAAUCAGAGUUCCCGACUUCAGAUUCACCAGCUGAUCCAUACUGGUGAGAAACCAUACAAAUGUGACGAGUGUGGAAAAGGAUUCAGUCGUAGAGCAGAUCUCAAAAUUCAUUGCAGAAUCCACACAGGAGAGAAACCAUAUAAUUGUGAGGAGUGUGGGAAAGUAUUCAGGCAGGCCUCAAAUCUUCUGGCCCAUCAGAGAGUCCACAGUGGAGAGAAACCAUUCAAAUGUGAAGAGUGUGGGAAGAGUUUCGGUCGCAGUUCACACCUCCAAGCCCAUCAAAAAGUCCACACUGGGGAAAAGCCGUACAAAUGUGAGGAGUGUGGGAAGGGCUUCAAGUGGAGCUUGAAUCUUGACAUGCAUCAGAGGGUCCACACGGGAGAGAAACCGUACAAGUGUGGGGAGUGUGGUAAGCACUUCAGUCAGGCCUCAAGUCUUCAGCUUCAUCAGAGCGUCCACACUGGAGAGAAACCGUACAAAUGUGACGUGUGUGGUAAGGUCUUCAGUCGCUCUUCACAGCUACAGUCUCACCAGAGAGUUCACACGGGGGAGAAACCUUACAAGUGUCAUGAGUGUGGGAAAUGCUUUAGUCAGAGUUCAAACUUUCAGUGCCACCAGAGAGUCCACACUGAAGAAAAACCAUAUAAAUGUGAAGAGUGUGGUAAGGGCUUCGGUUGGAGUGUCAAUCUUCGCGUUCAUCAGAGGGUCCACAGGGGUGAGAAACCCUAUAAGUGUGAGGAGUGUGGGAAAGGCUUCACUCAGGCUGCACACUACCACAUACAUCAGAGGGUCCACACUGGGGAGAAGCCUUACAAAUGCGAUGUCUGCGGUAAGGGCUUCAGCCACAAUUCGCCAUUAAUAUGCCAUCGGAGAGUCCACACUGGAGAGAAACCAUACAAAUGUGAGGCGUGUGGGAAAGGCUUUACCCGCAAUACAGAUCUUCACAUCCACUUCCGAGUUCACACGGGAGAGAAACCCUACAAGUGUAAGGAGUGUGGGAAGGGCUUCAGUCAGGCUUCUAAUCUUCAAGUCCAUCAGAAUGUCCACACGGGGGAGAAACGAUUCAAAUGUGAAACAUGCGGGAAGGGCUUCAGUCAGUCAUCAAAGCUUCAGACCCAUCAGAGAGUCCACACUGGAGAGAAGCCAUACAGAUGUGAUGUGUGUGGUAAGGACUUCAGUUACAGUUCCAAUCUGAAACUGCACCAAGUGAUUCACACUGGAGAAAAACCAUAUAAAUGUGAGGAGUGCGGGAAGGGCUUCAGUUGGCGAUCAAAUCUUCAUGCUCAUCAGAGAGUCCACUCUGGAGAGAAACCCUAUAAAUGUGAGGAGUGUGAUAAGAGCUUUAGUCAGGCUAUAGAUUUUCGGGUACAUCAGAGAGUCCACACUGGAGAGAAACCCUACAAAUGUGGUGUAUGUGGUAAGGGCUUCAGUCAGUCCUCUGGUCUUCAGUCCCAUCAGAGAGUCCACACUGGGGAGAAGCCAUACAAGUGUGACGUCUGUGGAAAGGGUUUUAGGUACAGUUCGCAGUUUAUAUACCAUCAAAGAGGCCACACUGGAGAAAAACCUUAUAAGUGUGAGGAGUGUGGGAAAGGCUUCGGAAGGAGCUUGAACCUUCGCCAUCAUCAGAGGGUCCACACAGGAGAGAAACCCCAUAGGUGUGAGGAGUGUGGUAAGGCCUUCAGUCUCCCCUCAAAUCUUAGGGUCCAUUUGAGUGUCCACAUUAGGGAAAAACUGUUUAAAUGUGAGGAGUGUGGUAAGGGCUUCAGUCAGAGUUCACGUCUUCAGGCCCAUCAGAGAGUCCACACUGGAGAAAAACCAUACAAAUGUGACGUCUGUGGUAAGGACUUCAGUCACCGUUCACGUCUCAUGUACCAUCAGAAAGUCCACACUGGCAGAAAUCGUUAAAAGUGAAGACUGUGUUAAUGGCUUUGGUCAGGAUGCAUGUUGUGCGUUUGGAGAGUCUGUGCUGGUAAUAAACUAUCAAGCAUUGAGAGUGGAAAGGGAUUUCUUCAGAUCGAAUCUUUCUAACAAAUCCACUAAAAUGAUGACAUGGGACCAUAAUAAUAGGAAUAGAACUAAUAUUCAGGGCAGGAAUGGCUUGCAGCUCUCUUGGCAAGAUCCAAGUGAUAUAAAUGGUCUUUAAGAGUGAAUAUAUGCC